AUGGACCGGGCUUUGUGUUUUAUAACUCCGAGCUGCUGUGAACAGCAAAUCUUAAACUCUCUUAACUAUCCUAAUUUAGUCCGAGUUUAUGGCUUAGCUGUUGCUGUGCAGGGUUUUAUGCGCGUCUCUGUAGGUACUCAGAAGAAGAGUGUAGGUGCGCAGGACCUUGUGAAAUUGGCCGGGCUCCUGAUAACACCGUUGGCUGCUUGGUACUUGGGAUACUUCGUCGCUGCUCUUAUAUCCGAAGAGACAAUAACAACUUCUAUUGCUAAUCUUCAAGACAUUGGAAAGAAACCAGUGUUGAGGGCCCCAGUCCCAAAAAGGCAGAAGUGUGAUCACUGGUCUCCCUGCCUACCUGGGAGCUACGCCUAUCGGAUUCUUAGUGGUGGUGGCAAAGAAAAGCUGGCUAAAAUUUGUUUCGAGGAUGAGCUGCUUAUAAGCGAAGAGAAGGGUAAUGUUGGAAGAGGUAUAAACAUUGCCAUUGUGAAUUAUGAAACAGGAAAAGUUACAUCGGCAAAAUAUUUUGACAUGUGGGAAGGAGACCACUCGGGAGAGAUGAUGACUUUCAUUAAAAAUGCACCAGAACGGUCCCUCCUUUUGAUGGUGACUCAUGAUGAUGGAAGCACCCGGUUGAAGAAUGACACCAAAAAAUUAGUAGAAGAGCUGGGAAGUAAAGAAAUACAGAAUAUCAAGUUCAGGUCAAGCUGGGCUUUUAUAGCUGCCAAAGGCUUCAAGCUGCCAGACACUAUGCAAAAAGAAAAGAUAAACCACUCUGACAAGAAGAAGAACAGAUACGGUGGCUGGCCAGCUGAAAUCCAAAUAGAAGGCUGUAUCCCAAGAAACCUGAUCUGA